UUAGACAGAAGCAAAACAACAACAACAAAAAAAAAACAUUCUCCCUUUACUCAUCUUUAGCCAAAACCCUAGAAGAAACCUCCUUUUGGAAAAAACCCAUUUCUUCAUCAUCAUGUCAACCUCCAAAACCCUAAAUCAUAAUAAACCCUGUGGAACAUCGCAAACUCAAAUGGUUUUUUCUGUAAUCCACCAAAACACAACCAACACAACGACCACCACAACUGCCACAACCGGCGAGAGAAGAGGCCGGAGAUCAAAGCAAGCAGAGCCAGGGAGAUUCUUAGGAGUCAGGAGACGUCCAUGGGGUCGUUACGCAGCAGAGAUCAGAGAUCCAACCACCAAAGAACGUCACUGGCUCGGCACUUUCGACACUGCUCACGAAGCCGCUCUUGCCUACGAUAGAGCAGCUCUUUCAAUGAGAGGCACUCAAGGUCGAACUAACUUCGUCUACACUCCAACUGAUGUUCACACUAUCCUCACAAACCCUAAUCUUCACUCUCUCAUCGUCUCUCCUUAUAAUAACCAAUCUUUCUUACCAAACUCUUCUCCUCAGUUUGUUAUUGAUCAUCUUCCUCAUUAUCAAAAAUAUCAGCAACCUAAACAUACUCUCCCCCAAGCCGUCUCACCCGUCGCUUCUUUCAAAACGCCUGUUCGUCAUCAAAACGCAGAUACUCAAGCGUUUGGUAAUAGUCCUCAGAACUCGUCUUCUAACGGCUCGCUAUCUUCUUCACUAGACGAAGAAGGCAACUUCUUCUCGCUAGAAGGAACUAACUCCAGUACCAACUCGGGUUACUUGGACUGCAUUGUCCCACACCACUGCCUUAAACCACCUGCGGAAACCACAACCAUCCAAAACCAAACCGGAGCAGGUUUCACAACUCCGGCAAGCAAGGCCUUUGAGUCACCCGGAGGGUUUAGUAGUAGUUACUUCGAUGAUGGUGAUAUGCUGAUGAUGAAUCGUCAUGAGUUCGGUUCGUGUGAUCUCUCUGCCAUGAGCACUAACUAUGGUGCUGGUGCUUCAAUGUCAAUGGAAGAUUACGCUAUAAUGGAGCCUCAAGAUUUCUCUUCUCCUAUCGCUGCUUUUGGUGAUGUUACAGACACAGGCUUCUACUCACUCUAUUAG